CCUCUUGCUUAUUCAUUCAGAGCAGGAGCAAGGAAAGCUGUCCAGCCCACAGGGAAAGAAAGAGCAAGUGGGAUAAACUAACAUUCCCACUGCAAGAGGCAUAGCAGAAAUGUGAAAAAAGAGAAAGGCAAUAAUAAUAAUAAUAAUAAUAAAACCCUUUCCAGGCCUCCAGAACCACAUUCUUUACCGAUUCUUCUCUGCAAAACUCAACAUGAAACUUACUGGAGAGCCUCAGAACAACUUAAAAGAAGACAGGAAUGGACAGAGUUGAAACUCAUUCAUCUGAGACGAGAACGGGGUGGAGAAAGGAGAAAGAACCACCAGGUAGUUUACUCCUUGGAAAACAUCCCUCGAGGUUGACCUCUUUGGUCUCGGCAUCACCAUGACCGUCCAUGGCUUUUUCUGGGACCUGUGGGCAUUCGCAAGCUUUGGGAUGUUCCUGAUGGUGCGCGGGCAACAUGCGCAAAGCGACAGCAACACGGACAACGGGCGCUGGAGGCAGAUGAUCCAAUGGGAGAACAACGGCAGGCUGUACAGCCUCCUCAACUCAGGUUCGGAAUACGUCCCGGCCAGCCAGGUGAGAGCGGAUAGCAGCGCCAGAGUCAUGUUGGCCGAUGCCGCCACUCACCAAAGCCAACGGGUGCCAGGGAACAUGCGCCGACAAGCACCCACCUUACCAGUCAGGGCAGGAUCGGAUACCGUCCGAGGACAGACCCGGCACCCAUUUGGCUUCGGACAGGUGCCAGAUAACUGGAGAAAUGGGGCCACUGCGGAAGGGAACUCCAACUCUGCACGGCCUCGGUCGCCUACUACUUGGCAACGUCAAGUAGGCUCCUCUGCUUCUUCCUUCUCACACUCUUCUUUCGGUCAAGUCUACCCGCAGGCCUCUUAUCCCCAACCGCCGUAUGCCAACCAAUACGAGACCUACGACCCGCAGGUGCCACGUGCCUAUGAUGAGAGCUAUACGUACUAUCGCACCGCAGGAACUGGAGGGAGUGCCGUGGCCGCGGCCGCAGCCAGUGCCGGAGUCAUCUACCCUUUCCAGCCCCAGGUGAGAUACGAAGAAUAUACAGAAGACCAGAAUCCGUACCGGACUCAAGGAUACUACCCGGCCGCCGAGAGACCCUACGUCCCUGUGCCUCAACAGCUCCCAUCCUCGGAUGGCUUGGACAGAAGGUACUCACACAGUCUCUACCAUGAUGGCGGAACUAGCUAUGACCAAAAUGUCCAGGAUCCUUAUUCCUCCACCCAGAACCAAGGGUCUCCUGUCGUUGCGGACAACCUGCAUCUCAAUUCGGCAUCUCCUGCGGGUACUGGGACCCAGUAUGGGAAUGAGCCCUGGGCACGGCAAUAUCCUCCUUUCGAGGAUGCGCCGGUGGAGCCCUACGUUCCUUCCCGCCACGUGGAACCUCAGCCACCGUUCCGACCCAUAGACCCCCAAGCGGUGCCCAGGCACGAGCCCUACCUUCCCAUCCGGAACUCAGAGCCUCCCCAGCUGAUCCCAGACAACCAGGGUGUUAACCAAGGCCGGAUGAGUGUUGGAAGCAUCUACCGACCCAACCAGAAUGGACGAGGCCUCCCAGACCUUGUCCCUGACCCAAAUUACGUCCAGGCUUCGACGUACGUCCAACGGGCUCACCUCUAUUCCCUCCGCUGUGCCGCAGAAGAAAAAUGUCUUGCAAGCACUGCCUAUACCCCUGAAGCCACGGACUAUGACAUCCGGGUGCUCUUGCGUUUCCCACAGCGAGUAAAGAACCAGGGCACGGCGGAUUUCCUGCCCAAUCGGGCUCGGCACACCUGGGAGUGGCACAGCUGCCAUCAGCAUUACCACAGCAUGGAUGAAUUCAGCCACUAUGACUUGCUAGACGCUGCCACUGGCAAGAAAGUGGCCGAAGGACACAAAGCGAGUUUUUGCCUGGAAGACACCACCUGCGACUUUGGGAACCUCAAGCGCUACGCCUGCACAUCGCACACACAGGGUCUGAGUCCCGGUUGUUAUGAUACUUAUAAUGCUGACAUCGAUUGCCAAUGGAUCGAUAUCACCGAUGUCCAACCUGGGAACUAUAUCCUAAAGGUCCAAGUGAACCCCAAAUAUAUCGUGAUGGAAUCGGACUUCACCAACAACGUGGUGAGAUGUAAUGUCCACUACACCGGACGCUACGUGGCCACUACGAAUUGCAAGAUCUCCCAGUCUUAAUUCCCACCCGGAUCAUAGACGCCUCCCCUUUUCCUUACCCCAAAUGCCUCUCAAGGUUGGAGCACCCAAUGAGAAAGCAACCCACGGGUCACCAGCAUCUACUUGAGUUUCUUUUUUAAAAAAUCCAUGCAAUGUCUUUGUUUUGGAAGCACACACUAAAAUGAGGAUUGUCACUUCAAAUACUUUUAUAAAUACUUUUGUUUUUAA